AUGCGCUCAGGACGCCUCCGCAUCGCCGUCAUCCCAGGCGACGGCAUAGGCCAAGAGGUCAUGCCCUACGGCGUACGGUGCCUGCAGGCCGCGGCGUCGGCCUGCAGCAUAACUCUCGAGCUCGAGCACUUCACCUUCUCGUCGUGCGCCUACUACGCCGCGCACGGGGACAUGCUGCCUGCGGACUGGAAGGCCCAGCUUUCGGGGUUCGAUGCCAUCUUCUUCGGCGCCGUGGGCAUGCCGUCCGAGGUCCCGGACGACGUCUCGCUGUGGGGCUCCCUCCUCAAGUUCCGCCGCGAGUUCGACCAGUACAUCAACCUCCGCCCGUCGCGGCUGAUGCCCGGCGUGCCCAGCCCCCUGGCCAACCGGGGCCCGGGGGACAUCGACUUCUGGAUCGUGAGGGAGAACACCGAGGGCGAGUACAGCAGCAUCGGCGGCCGCAUCUUCGGCGGCACCGAGAGGGAGACCGUCGUUCAGGAGACCGUCAUGACCAGGACCGGCGUCGACAGGGUGCUCCGCUACGCCUUCGACCUGGCGCGCAGCCGACCCCGCAAGAGGCUGACCAGCGCCACAAAGUCCAACGGCAUCAGCAUCACCAUGCCCUACUGGGACGAGAGGGUCGCCGAGAUGGCGAAGGAGUACCCCGACGUCCAGCUGGACAAGUACCACAUCGACAUCCUGACCGCCCACUUCGUCCAGAGACCCCACAUCUUCGAUGUCGUCGUCGGCAGCAACCUGUUUGGCGAUAUCCUCUCUGACCUGGGCCCUGCCUGCGCCGGCACCAUAGGCAUCGCCCCCUCCGCCAACAUCAACCCCUCGGGCGAGUUUCCCAGCCUGUUCGAGCCCGUCCACGGGAGUGCCCCGGACAUUGUUGGCAAGAACCUGGCCAACCCCGUCGGCAUGAUCUGGGCCGGGCAGAUGCUGCUGCACCACUUUGGAUACACCGACGCUGCCGAUCUCAUCCUCAAGUCUAUCGAGAAUGUGCUCGGUGCUGCCGACCCUGCAGUCGUGACUCCGGAUGUGGGUGGCAGGGGGUCUACUGCUAGUCUCGGCGAUGCUAUCGCCGCCGAGAUUACUUCGUUGGCUAGUGCUGCCGCCAAGGCCUAA